CAGGUCCUAUCUAGCCUAUACUACGAAGCAGAAUGAUGACAUCAACAGCGUUCCCGAAGUACGAGCAUAUGGCGACCAAUGUCGCACGCUUCAGCACCAGGAACAGGAGGGGGCGAAGGUACGAAAAGAGAAAACAGCAGGAGGGGCCAGGAGGAGGCGGGGGAUGACGGAGGAGAGAGGGAGGCAGAGGCGCGGCGGGGGCGGAGGGAGGCAGGGGAGGGGAGAGGGAGGAAGGGGACUGGGAGGAAGGGGAGGGAAGGAAGGGGAGGAAGGGGAGGAAGGGGAGGAGAAGGGGGGGAGAAAGGGGGGAGGAAAGGGCAGGAGACGAAGGGGGAGGAAGGGCAGGGGAGGCAGAGAGACCCAGGAGAAGGGGAAGCGAGUCACGAGCAGAGAGAGGAGGAGAGGAGGAAGAGGAAACAGGAAACUCGGACGCGUCACGAGAAGAGGCAGAAGAGGGAGGAAGAGAGGUGGAAGGGACAAAAAGAAGAGGCAGAAGCGAUAGAAGAGGAGGCAACCGGAAAAGGAGGAAGAACAAGAGGACACAGGAGGAAAAACAGGAGAAAAGACUGGAGGAAACACAGGAGGACAUGUAGGAGGAAAGGCAGGAAGAAGAGAGGACCGAAACAGGACGAGAAGGCAGGACGGGACGCAGAGCUGGAGGCACGAUGGAGGCAGAGCGAGACGCAGGAAGAGGUGGGAAGAGGAGCCAGAGGGAGAAGGAAGGAGGGUGAGGCAGGAGGAGGAGGCAGGAAGAAGAGGCAGAAGCGGGAGGCAGUACGAGUUAGGAGGAAGGAGCAGAAGGCAGGAGGAGGCAGGAGGAGGCAAACACAAGGAGGCCGAGGUCGAAGGAGAUGGCAAAAGCCAAGAGAAGGCUGCAGGCCGCAGGACAGAAGGAAAGACAACAGGAGGGAGCAGGAGGGAGCAGGAGGGAGAAAGAGGGAGAAAGAGGGAGAAAGAGGGAGAAAGAGGGAGAAAGAGGGAGAAAGAGGGAGAAAGAGGUUCCAGAAAGAAGCAGAAGGGAGCAAGACGCAGCAGGACGCGGCAGAAGGCAGCGGGCGGCAGGAGGCAGCGGGAGGGCUCAGGAGGCAGAACGGGGCAGCAGGAGGCAGCAGGAGGCAGCAGGAGAGGCAGCAGGAGAGGCAGCAGGAGAGCUUAGGAGGCAGCACGGAGGCAGCGGGAGGCAGCGAGACGCAGCGAGAGGCAGGAGGAGGCAGGAGGAGGCAGGAGGAGGCAGGAGGAGGCAGGAGGAGGCAGGAGGAGGCAGCGGGAGGCAGGAGGGGCAGAAGUGAGCAGGAGGAAGUAGGAGGGGGCAGGAGGAAGGUGAAAGGCAGGAUGGCAGGAGGGGAAAGGAGCGGAAGCCUAAGGAGGCCUGAGAAGAAGGCAGGAGAAUGCAGAGAGGAGGACAUAGUAGGACUCAGGAAAACGCAAGGGGAGAGGAGGCACGAGGAGAAGGUAGUGGGCGGAGUAGAAAGCAGUGGACCGGAGGAGAGGGUGGUGGGGAGGAGGAGAAAGGACUGGGCAGGAGGAGGAGACACACUAGGCAGGGGGAGAGGGGAGGGUGACGCAGGAAGGGGAGCAGAAGCAGCUAACGCAAGGAGGAAAGGAGAACGAGAUCUCGAGAGAUGAAAGAGAAAGGAAAACGUAGGGAACGGAGAAGAGAGGGGAAAGCAGAAAAUAGGAGCAAGGAAGGAGAAGGGAAGAGGAGCAAGGAGAAGGAAAGAGGAGAAAGAAGGAGCCAGGAGAUGGAGGGAGAAGGACGGAGGAGAUACAGGAACGAGGAGAUGGCGGAGCGAGGAGAAAGGAGAGGCGAGGAGACAAGAGGACAAGGAAACGAAAGAAGAAGAAGCAGGAAGGAGGAUCAAAGAGGCAUAAUGAUGAAGAAGCAGAAGCAGCGUAACACGAAAAG